GCAAAGUACUUCUUAUCUCUUUAUCAGCCACAAAGUACGACAUCGGAACGAUUUGUCGUUAAACAGCCUCAAAUCAGCGAUAGAGUUCGAGCUGGCUAUUUGGGAUGGAUUUGUGGCACUUGCGAUAAGGAAGCUGCUUAAGCGCGUUUUGAAAGACUCACCUCUGAUGCUGUUUAACUACUGCAAAAGGCAAAUUCGAGCUGCGAUCUUUCGCUUAAUUAGCUGCUUAAGCAAAUGUGGCUAUUUGGGGGAAUUCCUCCCCCGUGUAAUAAGCCCAUCUUAGCAAUUCGGCAAUAGAAAUCUACUCCGGAAUCAAUCCCGAACACGGUAGUUCCGAUUCCGAGAUCCCCACCACUCCGAUCCGAUCGGCAUUUCAAAACAAACGCGAACAAAACUGACAAACGUAUAAAAAAAGCCGGCAGGCUCCGCUUUUCGCGCCCUAAUCGCGUGAGACGCUAAACAGUGAAGCAUAUUUCGUUUUUUGUAUUUCGUACAUUCCAAACAAGAUCACACAUAGCACGCUCGCAAUGACCACAGGCGACAAGGGCAACCCGGACAAGCAUCGUAACGUGGAGCUGAAGGCAAGGCUGGGCGGCGAGGAGGGCUACGAGCGUCGUGUCGCGAUCGCGAAGCAGCUGACCGGCACGGACGGCACGGUGAUCACGCAGAGGGAUGUCUUUUUCCACGCCACUACCGGCCGGCUGAAGCUGCGCUACCUGGAGGACAAACCGUCCGAGCUCAUCAGCUACGACCGGUCGGACGUGGCCGGCCCGAAGCUGUCGCUCUACUCCAAAAUGGACGUCGCCGAGCCAGCCCUGCUGGAGCAGAUCCUCGCCGAGACGGUCGGCGUGCGAGGGCGGCUAAACAAGCGGCGCCUCCUCUUCCUGCACGGCCAAACGCGCAUCCAUCUGGACGUGGUGGAAUCGUUGGGCCACUUCAUGGAGUUCGAGGUCGUGCUGGAGCCGGAGCAAACGCUCGCCCAGGGCCAGUCGAUAGUGGACGAAAUGAAGCGCCUGUUCGAGCUUUCGGAUGCGGAUCUAAUGACCGGUGCAUACAUUGACGAGCUGCUGAAAUAAAUGCUGGCUCGCUGGCUUCGCUGCUCCCUCCCA